AUGAACAGCGAAGAAGUUCCCCAGGGUCCUCAGCUUCUACCGCAUGAAGUUCGAGAUCUUCUUGGAAUUAUGUCGUCUCAAUCCACGAACGACGACGAAGAAGAUAGCUCGCAGUUGAACGAUUCUACCAUUACUGUGGAAGAUCAAGAUGACGAUCUUCAAAACUUUUCUGUUCCGGACAGCCAGGAAGUGGAAGAAGGUGCAAAGGAGGAUCCGAUGAACUUUUGGGACGAUGUAGAGGAAGAGGCACAAGUUGUUGAAGAAGAGGUUAUUGCUGUAAAUGACUCGACGAAUGACUCUGAGAACUGUUUUGAAGUUGACAUGCACGAUGAAAAUGAAAUGGGAGAAGUUACCUCUUCUCAAGAAGCCUCGUCUCAGGAAAAAUCCAGCUUGGAUAAUUCUCAAAGUUCUCAGGAAGAGAGCUUUUACGUUAUGUCUUCUCAGGGAUCUCAGGAUAGUGUUGACUUUGUUCCAGAAACGCAGAGUACUGUAAAUGGAAACGAGGUCUACGUUAUUCCAGAAACACAAGACGAAAUUGAGCAUAACAUGGACAUGUACGGUGAUGAUCCAGAAGGCGACAGUGAUGAUUCGGGCGAAGAUUGGAAUAUAUACAAUAUCAAUGCACAGAAUAUCCAUCACUGGGAGUCGUGGAAUCGCCAAGGUCGUUACGAAGGGACUAACAUGACUUAUCCAGAAUGGCUUGAAAGAGAGGAGCAAAACGAAAGAAUGAUGGCGCUUGAGGAUGAGGAAGACCACAUGCCGAUAGGACAACUUUUUGCCCAAAGAUACCAAGAACACGGCCUCGGUGAAUACAUGAACGAGCAAGUCGCAGAAGAAGAAAGCUCAGAGGAAGACGAAGACGAACGCUGGCGAAUCGAAGCGCGGAAUCGAAGACAACGCCGUCGUGCCGCCGCUCCUCCACCAGACAAUGAUGAAGUAAUCUGCCUUGACUCGGAUUAG